UGGGACAUUAGUUACCUAAAACAUAUUGUUUUGCAUCAAAGGACGACACACAGAUCAUGAGACGGGACUGCAUUGUUCUGCAAACUCAUUUUUACAGUGAUACUGUUACGGGAGAUACAGACAAGGGAUGAAUUCUCUCCUACCCCGUGGAUGCGCCCUAAUCGUGUCCAAUGGAUCUCCCCGGCAUUGGCAAUACGACCACAGACAAUAUGUCUGGAUCGGGCUUCAUUUUGGAGAUAGUCACCAUCAAACCUGUUCUAAACAGUCUGACCACUCAGGCCAGCGCUGGAAGCAACCACACAGCUGGGGGCGAGAUGCACCGCAACAUCCCAGUGAGGAGUUUGGAGGGGAACUCGGUUCUCCAGGGGAUCGCGGUGGCCGCGCAAGCACUGCUGCUCUUGGCAAUAUUCUUGCUGUCCAGUCUGGGUAAUUCAGCCGUUGUUGUGGUCAUAAUCAAACACAGACAGCUGAGAACAGUGACCAAUGCAUUCAUUAUGUCCCUCUCCCUUUCUGACUUCCUGACGGCCAUUCUUUGUUUACCCUUCUCCUUCAUGAUGCUCUUCAGCAAGAAUGGCAGGUGGAUGUUUGGUGAGCGCUUCUGUAUCGCCAACGGCUUUUUCAACACCUGCUUCGGCAUCAUCUCCACCCUGACCAUGACUCUCAUCUCAUUUGAUCGAUAUUAUGCCAUUGUCAGACAGCCACAGGCCAAAAUCGGUAGGAGGAGAGCGAUUCAGCUCCUGGUGGCCGUUUGGUUAUCUGCUAUGGUCUUCUCCUUCCCGUGGUACCUGCUUGUGCAGACCUCAGGGCGCAUGGUGGUGCACAAACAGGGCUUUUACCAUUGCAUGUACGUGUUCCAUUCGGGCAACUCCAGGAUGGGCACUGCCUACAGCGUAGCUUUAAUAGUGGUGUGUUACCUCCUCCCAUUCGCCCUCAUGUGCUUCUGCCACUACAACAUCUGUAAAACUGUCCGGCUGUCGGAGAUCAGGGUGCGGCCGGUGACCACUUACGCGCACCUGUUGCGCUUCUACAGUGAGAUGCGCACCGCAACCACCGUGCUCAUCAUGAUCGUGUUCAGCAUCUUCUGCUGGGGGCCCUAUUGUCUGAUGGGCAUCAUCACAGCCCUGGGGAAUUACUCUUUUAAUCCUGCUAUGGACACUGUGGCUAUUUGGAUGGCAUGGGCCAAUGGUGCCAUUAAUCCUUUGAUUUACGCUAUUAGGAACCCGAAUAUAUCCAUGCUGUUGGGCCGGAGCAGGGAGGAGGGCUAUAGGACUAGAAACAUCGCUGCGUACCUGUCCACGCAGACGCAGCGCAGGGACGCAGUCCGGACGCGGGCGGACCGAACACGGGAUCGGUACGUGAGCCGGCACGGCGCGAACAGCCGCCUGUCUUCCUCCAGCCCGGCCAACGGGGGUGAAUUGGCUAUGUGGGCCUGUAAGAACCCGGCAGUUUUUUUCUGUAGAGAUGCCCAUCCUGAUACAAUAACUGAAACCGCGGUGCCCAAGGUUGAGACGGCUGACACCAGUUUGUAAUUGUGGUGUCCAGUCUGCCAUUAUGUACUUUCAAAUGCAUCAUUAAAUAAAUAAUUAAAUUUCCUGGCAAUUUUGUUUAUUUGAAUGUACAUUAACAGACAUUAUUUGGGUGCAUGGUGGCCCUAAAAAGCAAAAUUGUAUUAAAAGAAUAUUCUGGGUUCAAUACAAGUUAAGCUCAGUCGACAGCAUUUGUGGCAUAAUGUUGAUUACCACAAACAUUUAUUUUGACUUGCCCAUCCUUUUCUUUAAAAAAACAA